GACACAGGCUUGUCAUGCAAUAUAAAUGUAUUUAUUUAAUUCCUCUGUGAGUGAUAAGUGUAAUCGACAGCUGAUAAGUCCCAUUUCUCCAUCAUUCCCAACCAUUCACAAAAAUUGAGAGAAGAGAGACUUUGCAAUAUUAUGGUGUGUUGGGGAAAAAGAUCACACAGUCAAAUUUCAACUUGCCACCAAGCCUAACCGUUCCUCUCCCAGAUAAAUGAACAAUCCCUCUAACAUUUUCUAGUCAGUUUAUUACAAAACGUUGCCCAGCUGUGGCGGCUUCUCUACGUGCCCUCGCAGAAGUGCUUCAUGUUUUUUUUGUGUGUGCUCGUGUCGUGGCCAAAAUUAAUAAUAUUAAUUGAGUCAGUGUGAAGAGAGGAGAAGCAUUUAAAUUUGCCUUCAAAAACUUUUAUAUACGCUUCAUCGAUAAAGGAAACUUCCUCACCAAUUUUGGCGCACAAAGUCUUUCCGGGAGUGCAAGUGAAUAGACAAGAAAAAAAAAUUGCCAAUCUGCCAGAAACUGCAAAUUGGUGUGUUCUUGAACAAAAAUUUGAUAUAUUUUUUUUCUUUGAUUGAAUGGUAAUAUGGGCGUUAUGGGCGAAUUGGGAAAUCCAAUAGAUAUUCUGCUGAAUCGUGUCCGAGGUCAUCAACGAGCUCCGUCGGACUCCAAAGAGUUCCAUGAAGUGACGAAACGCGAUGCACAGCGUGUUCUUGAGGAUGAUAUUGAGAAACUCCUGGAAACAUGCGAGGAGGAUCGCAAGGCAACGGUUAGGAGUGAAAUGAUGCGAUUUAGUAAUUUAUUUGGGCGCUUCCUGGCUGAAGAUGGUCCAUCGGUGGAUUGGAAUCACAUUGAGAAGCUCCCCGAGGAUGCUGUGCAGGAUUACAAUAGUCUCCAAACACCCGAUGAGGAACGCAUACGUGAUGAGCUCAAUAAGUUGGUUGUAAUCAAAUUGAAUGGUGGCUUAGGAACUUCCAUGGGAUGCCAUGGGCCCAAGAGUGUGAUCCCCGUACGGAGUGAUCUAACCUUCCUGGAUCUCACUGUACAACAAAUUGAGCAUCUCAAUAAGAAAUACAAUUCCAAUGUGCCUCUCGUGCUUAUGAAUUCAUUCAAUACGGACGAAGAUACGGAGAAGGUUGUGCGGAAGUACAAGGGUUUCCAGGUGAAGAUCUACACAUUCAAUCAGAGUUGCUUCCCACGUGUAAGUCGGGAAUCCCUGCUACCCAUUGCGAAGACUUUCAACGUGAAAGAUGACAUGGAGGCGUGGUACCCACCGGGGCACGGAGAUUUCUAUGAGUCUUUUGCAAAUUCGGGGCUCUUGAGGAAAUUCAUCGAUGAAGGUCGGGUGUAUUGUUUCUUGUCCAAUAUUGACAAUCUCGGUGCCACGGUGGAUCUAAACAUUCUCAAUCGUCUCAUUGGUGGUGGUGGAGAGAAACCCAUUGAAUUUGUCAUGGAGGUCACGGAUAAGACAAGGGCAGACGUCAAAGGUGGCACACUCAUACAGUAUGAGAAUAAAUUGAGACUCUUGGAAAUCGCACAGGUGCCCAAGGAGCAUGUUGAUGACUUUAAAUCCGUGAAAACGUUCAAAUUCUUCAACACCAACAACAUCUGGGCUAAGCUUGAUGCCAUUGAACGAGUCUUGAAGGAGAAUACCCUAAAUAUGGAGAUAAUUGUGAACAAUAAGACACUGGAUACGGGAUUGAGAGUGAUUCAACUGGAGACAGCUGUGGGAGCUGCCAUGAAGUGCUUCGAGGGUAUUGGCAUUAAUGUACCACGAUCGCGUUUCCUGCCAGUAAAGAAGACAUCCGAUUUGAUGCUGGUCAUGUCAAAUCUCUACAACCUCCGGCAUGGAUCGCUCGUUAUGUCGCCGCAGCGUAUGUUCCCCACAACGCCCCUUGUGAAAUUGGGUGAAAAUCAUUUUGCAAAAGUAAAGGAAUUCCUCGGGAGAUUCGCCAAUAUUCCGGAUAUCAUUGAAUUGGAUCAUCUCACUGUGUCGGGAGACGUGACAUUUGGCCGUGGGGUCUCAUUGCGGGGCACAGUGAUAAUAAUAGCCAAUCACGGGGAUCGCAUUGAUAUUCCUGCUGGUGCCAUUCUCGAGAAUAAAAUUGUCUCCGGGAAUAUGCGCAUUCUGGAUCACUAAAGCGAUGCACUUGAUUGGACAAUGCCAUGUGUGCAAUUUAGUCGCCUCUAAGCUUUCUUUUUUUUCCUCCUUCUCUGUAUAAAGUCAAUCAUUGGGUGUAAUAUUUUAUAGGCGAGUUUUUAUUGUUAAUUAAAGUACAAAAUUUUGUAAUGGACUCAAUUCAUCCCAAUUAAAAAGCGAUAUCAUUUACA